AUUCUGGUAAAGACUUGACAUUGAAUUCAGUUGGCUGGCGUGAGCUUAGCUAAACUUACAGCUCAAAUGCUCGGUAACGUUGACGGAGUUAGCUAGCUAUCGUUAGCUAAAGUCUGAAUUGCUAACGUUAAUGCCCGCCGAGUAUUUCUGCCGUUGACAGUCACCUUCAAUGUCCACGAAGUUUGCUUAGCUGGACGUCGGAAACAUUUACGGUAGCGGCAGGUAACGCAAAGAUAAAAAUAAGACAUGGAUAAAAAAGCAUACUCAAAGACCACAAUUUUCAGUAGACUCAAUCCAGCCAAAUGUGAACACUUGAAACCUCUGUCUGUAUAUUCAAGGAUGAUCACUUGUGACAAAAAAGAGUGUCUGCAUCACCUGAGAGAAUUUUCUAAUCCAUUUCUAAAUUUUAAAAUUGAGUUGUUGAAUAACUCGGUGAAAAAAAGGAAAUUAGAUAAUUCCUGUCCCGAUGACGGUUAUGAGUCUCCAGCAAAAAAGUCCAUUAACCCAAAGGCUUUAUCCCCAGACCUCGGGUGCUUCAUGGACUACUGCAGCCCCCCUGCAAGACAGGAUUCAGUGUCCCCAUUUGCCAUCUCUGCAUUGUUAGAUAAGACACAUACUAUUAGGAGUGAAAUAAAAGAUACUGCGAACUCUCAGCUACACUCUGAGCAUGUGGAAUUUGGGUCCUCAACAGAGCCAGGGUGUAAUAAGAGGACCGUGCCACAAAGUUUUAAGUUAGAAAAGCGGGUCUUAAAUCUGGCACCUGCAUUUGACUGUGAUGUUGACGACAUCUUGUGCCUCAACCCCGUUGGCGCACAUUCUGCAGGAGGAUUUUCUGAAAAUGUAGAGAGCUGCAAAAGUAUCAACACAUUUCAAAAUAAGCCAGUUUUAAUUCCCACUGUGGCACACAGACAGGAAUUAGACAGAGGAGACUGGCAAGUGGAGGAAGGACGAGAGGAGCUAAAGAAAGAAAUGUAUCUGAAUGUAAAAGUUGACCAAGAUGAUAAAGGAUAUUUCUCCAUGUCUUAUAUAAAGGACCUUAAAACAGGAAAGAGCCCCCCUCAGUCAGAAUACCCUCCGAUGCCUACAGCUACCUCUAGCCCCCUGCACAGGAUGGGUGAGGUUGAGGGGCCACAGGAGCAAUGCUAUCCUGAAAGUUCAUCUGAACAAGCCAUGCUGUCUGGACAGCAUGUUUUCUUCUCAUUUAGUGAUUUGUAUCCCCCUGUUAGUGGGCCACCACUGGAGUCUGUGAACUCAGUUGUAUAUUCUUUAGAAGGUGAUGUUGAAGAGAUGUGGAAUAUUGGUCCCCCCAUAUUUGAAUCAUCACUGUGCCACAGUGUCACGGUGAAUUUGAACACUGAUAGAGAGCACAGUAGACGGGAGACAGAGGAGGUGAAAGAGCCUAUCCACGAGUGUCAGGCCACACUUAGUGGAGAGGAGGCCACUUUGGACACCAGUUAUGAAACCACCUUACCUCUCCAAGUACAGGUGAAAUCAGUUGUGGUGGCUCCCAGCCAGCGCACCACCAGCAGCAGCAAAACAGUAGCACCUCGUCUGCCAGAGAAGAAUGCUACCAAGCCAAAUCCAGAGGACAGGGUUUCCCUGAGUGGCAAAUGUUUCAGCAGUGGCAGGAGUCAAAGGCUGGCGAUCUUUGGCAGGGAAGUGGAGUGGGAGCGCGAAAAACGGCUGUAUGUCCAUUCAGUCACCAGACACAUGAAUGAGAAUCCAGGCACAGAUCAUGAUGUCAUGACUGAGCUUCGGAACCUGAUGACACAUGUGGCCGACCAGACACCAGGCAGUAAUGACAGACAGUGGCAGCAUCCCUCUGACCUCACAAGCAGGAACUACCAAAGACGGUUUGGAAACAUGAUGCCAAAAAUGCCCCUCAAUGAAUGGCAGUUCAAGAACUGUACAACACACAAGCGCUUUGCCAAGGUCCCCAAAAUUUUUGAAAGGAGUCCAUUUCCCUAAAGUAGGGCUUGUGGACUGUCUUCUUGUAAACAGAUAGCACUUAACCACGUAAGAAUUCCACUGCUGAAAUCCUUGUAUUUUUAUAUAUAUAUACAUACAUACAUACAUACACACACAGUUUUUCUGUUUUUUUUUUUCUUUUUUUCCAAACUAUGCAUGUACCUUUUUUAUAUAUAAAUCAAUACAUGUUUUAAGCGGUUUGACGCUCUGGAAAUUAUGCUACGGAACAAGCACUCAAGCAUUUGAAGCAUCCUAAAUGCCUUGCCUUUUUUUUAAAGUGUAUUUAAGUACGUUUGUACUUCUGCUGUUUGACAUUUUGUAUGUUUGUUUUGUUGUUGAGUACAAAAGUAUUCACCAUUCAUGUUCUUUUUGGAUAUUAGGACAGUCUGGGGCUGUACGGAGAAGUUUACCCUUUCCUGCUUAUUUCUUGCCUCUUAUACUUUCAAGUGUUCCUGUUACAUUGUCCACCCUUACACAUCAUUCUUACUGUAUAGAUUGGGUGGGGGGGAAUAAGGUUUAAGGUACAGUACAAGGCAAAGCACAGUGAUUUAUGUAAGUAAAUGUGCCCUGCAUACACCCCUCUGGGGAUUUAUCUAGUCGCUGCACAUUUAACUCAGGAUGGAGGAAACUGGUAAAGAUUUGAUUGCCGCUUUUUAUGACAUGAAAGUCAAAACAACAUUGAAUUUAUAAUGUGAUUUAAUACAUUUUAUAUGGUUGCAGGUAGAAAUGGUUUAAGUUGUGCAUCUCAUACAUUGGCAAAGCGUUUGCUGGAAUUGAUUGUUUAUGAAUGUCAGAUCACCCUCAUCAUAUAAACAUUUUUCAACCAUACCCUCAAUAGUAAUGGGGAAUCCUGAUUUUCCACAGACCUAAUUUAUUCCAAAGGUUUAAUAACUGUUCACAACGAGGGUUUUGGGUUAUCCUUAACCUAGGAACCCUGCUUUUAAGUUUGGCAAAAAUAAAGAUUUGAGUACCACAAACAGAA